CGUAGCCAGCAGAUACGUUCAGACUGUGGUUGAUGUUCUGUGUACUGUUCACUGCAAGUCAUCCAACAAUUGUGAAAGCAGCUCCGGAGAUCUUCUCUUCACAAUGUCUCUGCGGGUUCUGUACAACAUUGUGCUUCUUAUGUCUCUUUUGGGCAUUUUGAAGGCUUCCUGUCCAAGAGCUCCUCCAAAGAAGGGCAGAGUGAUCUUAAACAGUAAUUGUACCGCUUCCAAAUUAGACAUUGAAAUUCUGAAGCAUCUGGAGGAUACCAUCACUACGAGGGUUGUGCCUGCUGUCUUCACUGUGGUAUUCUUCUUGGGUCUUCCAGCAAAUAGUAUUGCUUUAUGGGUGCUCAUUUUCAAAACUAAGAAGAUGCCUUCUACUAUGUUAUUAAUCAACCUGGCCGCUGCAGACUUACUGUUCUUGUUGGCUUUGCCCUUCAAGAUAACUUACCAUUUCAUGGAAAACAACUGGAUUUUCGGUGAAACUCUCUGUCGGAUAGUCACUGCAGUGUUCUAUGGAAAUAUGUAUGGCUCAGUGUUAUUCCUCAUGGCCAUCAGUAUUGAUCGCUACAUUGGUCUAGUUCAUCCAUUCAGUGCAAAAGGUCUACGGGACUGGAGAUACUGUACAUAUGCAUCUAUUGGACUCUGGCUUGUGGCUAUAGCUGCUGUAUCUGCAUUUACUUUUGUACCACAGACAAAACAUUUUAAUUAUCCAGACAGAACAACUUGCCAUGACAUCUGGGCAAACUGUACGGGCUAUAACUGGUACACGCUGUAUUUUCUUGGACUAGUGAUUAUAGGGUUUUUUAUUCCAUCGGUGGUCAUUUUAUUCUGCUACGUUCUGAUUUUGGUGACGCUGGCAAAGAAAAAAGAAUCUUACAGACGUGUUAUAGGAUUAAUAUCAUUGGUGCUUAUCAUAUUCAUCCUGUGCUUUACACCCAGUAACAUUUUACUUGUGCUUCAUUAUUUGGAGACAGAGUGGGAUUGCCAUAAUCAACUUUACUUCUGGUACGUGGUGGCCCUGUCUCUAACGUCACUGAACAGCUGUAUUGACCCUUUCAUCUAUUGUUAUGCUUCGAGUGAUUUCUGGACUACGGUAAAGGAUACACUUUGUAUUAGCAGGGAAGGAAAUAGUGUGUCAUCAGAAGGCACUAAGAGAUCUAAGCUCACGUUGUCAUCAGAUAAAGAGAUGUUAAGAUCUGGUGCCUAGCUUAGUAAUUUAAGGGACUGACGUUUGACUGUAUCCUAAGGGUACAGCCACACGGCCAGGUUUCUGUAUGCAGUUUUACAAGCCAAAACCAGGAGUGAAGUUAAAUAUUUGUUCUUUAUACUUUCCCUCCUUAACUAUUUUAUGAACCAUUCUUGAUUUUAGCUUCCAAAACUGGGUGCAGAAACCUGACCAUGGUGGCCAUACCCUAAUAGAACUUUGUAAAUUGGUAAUUUUGAUUUUGCAAGUGGAGGAGACCAUUCUCUGCACUGACUCAAGCUGCACAUAAACUUUUCAUACUAGCUCUUCCACCACAUCUGAUGAUUAGCAAGCUCCUUAUAGUUGGUAUACUUCUUUUUACAAAUGGCUUUACAUAUCUUAGUUUGGUUAUACAGACAGGUACUGAGUGUGCAUGAUUCCCUAACAUGCCCAAUUCUCCUGACAUAAGGGCUGCGAGGAGUGUCUGGUAGCUCAGUAUCCUCCUUUUUCUAGGGCAGUAGAUAUGCAGGAGUCAGUGGAUGAUAGCAACUAUCUUGUGUGCAUGGGGUACUUUAAUUAUACAGAGUAUAAUGUCCUUGAAGUCCCCAGCCAUCUUCAUUUUUAUAUUGGUGGCACUGUAGAAGCGUAAUAUGGCUGUAUCUCCACAAAUCAUUGUACUGCUAUGUUACCUAUGCUUUUCAUUGGCAAUUGCUACAUGACUAAAGCACCCCUCACAGUUAGACAUCUAAGAAUUGAACACAAUAACAGGUUAGCUGUUAUGUAGCAUAGUCCUGACCUUUUACUAUUAGUCAUGGCUUUAUUUUACUUGGUCAUGACUCUAAACUGUUUGCAAAUUAUACCCUGAUUAGAGGGACUAAAGUUGAAGAACUGCCCUUUACCAGGCAGGCAGGUUCAAUGAUAUCUUAGUUGUUGUCCUCAGGAUAGGUUAUCAAUAUCAGAACGAUAGGAGUCUGACACCUGGCACCUCUCCUAUUUGUGGUUUUGGGUCACCGAGGUGCCAGAAACUAUACAUUGUACCGAACUGGAAGUAGACAGCUCCAUACACUUUGUAGUAGCCAUGCCAGGGUACUGCAGCUAAGAUCCCAUUCAAGGGAGCUAAGCUGCAGUACAAUGGCACAGGAAACUACACAGUGUACGUAGCCUUCCGCUACACUCCAUUCACUGUAUAGUUUCUGGCACAGUGGGUGCCUGAAACAACUGAUUCACGGUGGUGCCAGGUGUCAAACCCCUAUCGUUCUGAUACUGAUGACCUAUCUUGAAAACAACUUGAAUGUUGUGAAGGAUCCACUCAAGGCUGGCUUUAGGUUGUUUGGUGUCUUGUAGAGUAUCUUCCAGUGAAGCGCUCUCUGUUUACGUAGUGCUAUAUAGUGCCUAAAUAAUAUUGCCAUAAGGUGCCCAAGUAACGCUUCCCAAUUAAUAAAUUAGAGUGUAGGAAGAUUUUAGGUUGCUGGGAUAUCAGGAACAGUGUCACCCACUUUAAUAGUAACAGGUGUUGCGCCCUGUGUGACAGCUGGCACUGGGUGCACUGUAAGAGUUAUGUAAAGAAGGCAUAUUCGCUGCUCAGAAGAACUGAAACAGAACAUGAGGUCUACUCAUAAUUGUUGAGUACUCUUAAGUUGUGAACCUGUGUUUCUUUUGAGAAGUGUUGCAUUACUAACCAGAAAAGUUCAUCCGUAAAAUAAGAUUUUGCAAAUGAUGAGCACAAGAGUAAACUGAACUAAUGAGGAAAACUGUACUUAAUAAAAUUUGUACAUGGUAUAAUAAAUAUAUGUAUGUA